AUGAAAAAAGGAGAAAUGAAGUGUUUUGUUGGAGAUCUUAUUUAGAAUCAUACUAUCAAGUUGGGUGUCAAUAUAUUGGAUAAAUAAGUACUAGAAUAUCUCAAGUAGAAUUAGGCCUCUGAAAAGAUUUCAUUUUCAUGGUAUAAUCCAUCAGGUUAUGGUAACAUGUAAAAGCAGGUUUCAAUAGAUGAAAAAUUUGAGAUAACUAUCAUUGAAAAUGGUGAACAUUAAGGAUGCAUGAUGCUUCCAGAUGGUGCAUUUGAUGUGAAUAGUUAUCACUAGGUUAAGACUGAGAUCCUUUCAUUUAUUGAGUAGAGAAUCGAAUAAAAGGAUAAUAAGACUAAUCAAGCAUAAUCUACGAAAUAGCAGGAAGAUAAAAAUGAAGCUCCAAUGCAUGGAGCAGUAAAUGCUGCAACAACUGGGCAUUUCUAGCUCCUAAGAAGAAGAGUGUACAAAAUUAAGCAAGUCCUCGAAGAGAUCAUUGAUCGCUAGAACGUUGAAAGAGAGAAAGAGGAAAGCUAUAAAGAAAACCUCAAAUCAUUUAGCUCGGCUUUCUUUAGAUUAGUUAUGGGUUAGAUCCUUGUGCUGAUAGGCUGCGGCAUAUAUGCCGUUUUCAGUUUGAAACAGUUCUUCCUUAAAAAGCACAUCCUCUGA